AUGGCCGACUCGAGCAACCAGCCUGCGUCGCCGGCCAAGGCCCGCGUCGAGGCCGUGAGCCCGGUCGAGGCCAAACUCAGCGUGUGCACGAUCGACACCAAGCCCGAAGACGACGAGUUCGACUCGGAUUUGGGGACGCCGACGUCGCCCAAGGACGCCUUUGGCGAGGACGAGCGCGAGCCCGGCGGCAUGUUUGCCAACCACGUCUUCUACGGUCCGUCGGGCCACAAGGACUCGGAGCAUGUGCUCCAUGACACGCGCCGCGUCGAACUCAACCACCCCAAGCUCAAGCUGCCGUACUUUAAGAGCGAGCCGCAGGACGCGGGGCGCAUGUCCGUCAUCUACGGCGGACCGCAGUCGGUCACAGAGCUGCCGCCUGCGCGGCGGUCGGUCAUGACGAUGGCGCGCUCCAACUUGCCCAAGAUCUCGAAGAGUUUGCCGGGCCUUCCGAGCUUUCUGAGCCGCACGAAGAAGGCGCCUACCGACACGGACCACGCGAUGGCGUUCUGCGACGGCUGCGGCGAGCACCCGAUCAAGGGCACCGUGUGGUCGUGCUCGGUGUGCGUCAACUACAACCUUUGCGGGCUCUGCUACUCGCAAGGCAUCCAUGGGCUAGAGAACACGCCGGCGAUGACCAUGUACCAAGAACUCACGAUCCACGACAAGCUCAAGAAGCGCUGCAAGGCGAUGACGUCUGAGUUCCUCGGGGUGCUCUUCCGCGACAUUUGCAAGAUGCAACCGGGCAAGUUUGAGCACCUCGGCAACUGGCUCGCGGGCAUCAUCGACAAGAAGACGGACGCGUCCAAGAUCAUUGCGCGCGGCGUCGAAAUCCCUGGCUUGAGCGUCGAGAUCCGCCAAAACUUUAUGGGACUGCUCAUGCCGCUCGUGUCGAACCGGACCGACAUCCAAGUGUACGUCGAGUGGGUCCCGGACGAGGCGGGCCCGAACCUCGAGAAGCUUCGGAUCUGGAUGUCGGACCAGAAGACGCGCACCAAGACGCCGUUCUCGCAAGCGGUGGCCCAGUCGGUCGGUGCCCAGUAG